CACGCAGGGACACAAAAAUACACUGUUUUCUAAUUUGGCCUGCAGUUUUUCCAAUUGCCUGUAUUGUAUAUCACAUGUGAUUCUUCAGGAAGUGUUUUUAUUACCAAAGGACAAAUCUGAUCAGCUCCAUCAUCAGAAAAGUCAUUAAAAAAAGCAGAUAUCAACUAAGGUGGAGGUCAAGUCAAGACAAACCAAAAGAGGAACUGGCGUGGAUUUGCCUACAGUGUCUACAGUGCGCUCUGUUGCCCGUACAGUUCAUGUCGUAAUGAACUAACCUCCUGGACAGCAGUCACAAAAUCAGUGUGUUUCACCAACAAAACCUCAGAGAAGUAUGGACGAAGAAACAAAGAUGGUGAUGCUGUGUCUCCUUGUGGCAGCUCUGAGCAGCCCUGCGUUGAGUGAAGAGUGGAAGGCCACUGUUGUACAAAACCUGGAGGCCCUGGUUUCAUCCUGUGUUGUGGUUCCCUGUUCAUUCAGCCAUCCUAAAGAAAAUCUGCCCUCCUCCAGGCUCAGAGGGAUCUGGCAUCGUUUUAAAAAAUGGGAUGAACGCAUCUAUUACUAUGACAACACAAAAGUUCUGGACAACUUUCGAGGUCGCACUCGGAUGUUGGGAUAUCUGGGUCAGAACAACUGCACCCUAGAAAUCACUGAUAUUAAAGAUCAUGACAAUGGCCCUUUCUGUUUCCGGAUUGAAUUAGCACGAACAGAGGCUGACCAACCCACCAAGGACAUGUUCUCCUUUGUUGAAAGUUGUUUCGAGUUGACAAUGCUGCCUGACCCCCCAAAACCUACAGUGAUUAACCCAAAAGAAGCACUUCAAGAUCAUCCCCACACUCUCAUUUGCUCAGUGACCCAUACCUGCCCCUCCCAUCGGCCUAAACUCACAUGGAGUAGGGGCACCGCAGGUGAUGUCACUGAGGUCCACAGAGAAAUCCAUACUGGCUACUGGGAUUUACAGUCAAUCCUGACGUUCAUUCCUGGGGAGACGGAUGACCACAGUGAGAUCACCUGCACGGCGCAUUUUAAUGGACGGAAGACGUCCUCCACCACACUGAAGCUCCAUGUAAAACGUGUAGAAAACUAUAAACACAUCAUCAUUCCCGCGGCUGUGGGGAUUGGUACCUUCGUGAUCUUUACACUCAUCUGCAUUUUCAUGGUGAAAAAGUACAAGAACCGCAUUGCAGAGCUCCAACGUCAAGAAGGGAGUGUGUGGAACCGGCUUUCCAGACUGUCCCGCAGGGGCAGAAAUCCGUCCCCAGGUGACUUCAGCCAUGCCCAGUUCAGCUGGACGUCAUCAUACUUCUUGGUGGCUGAUGGUCGUCUCAGUGCUGCUGUGGCCCCAAGCUAUUCGCAGACUUCACAUUCAAGCACCUUUCCUGCAAUGGGUAACUCGGCAUCCACUGGCUUCAUCACUCCCACUCCCAGGAAGCUGUCCUGGGGCCGCCAGAAAGAGGACAAAGUCAAGCUGGAGGAUUUCUUGACACAGUGCGAAGAGGAUAUCUGGGGAGUUAAAGGAAAGCAAAGUUUAUCUUUGAGAAAGAUCCAUCUCAUCCGCAGCAUCCGUUACGUUGACCUGGCCGCCCAAGAGAGCGGCAGUUUUAAUCCAAACAGGGUUACUCAAACUGAAACGUCAUUGUGGACCAUUACGGUGCCAUCCUCAGUUAAAGGUCUCCCUGGAUCCUGUGUGGUGAUCCCCUGCUCAUUCAACUACCCCACUCCAGGGAAGAAGGUCACUGGAUUCACUGGGAUGUGGAUCGACGAGACACGUCAGCUCAUUUAUCACCCAGUUCAGUCUAAAGUGUUGCAGCAGUAUCGGAAUCGGACAGAGCUGCUGGGAGACGCUGGACAGAAAGGCUGUUCACUGAAGAUCGAUCCCCUGCAGGAAAGUGACCAGGGGCCUUUUUGUUUCAGGAUUGAAAUAGCAGACUAUGAAAAGUUUUCUUACCUACAGAACAAAGUCUCCAUUGCAAUGAUGAGCAAACUAAAUCCCAUCAGUUUGUCUGUGAAAGAGGAGGUAGUGGUGAGUCAAACUGUGUCUGCGUCCUGCUCUGUAUCUCACUCCUGCCCCGCCUCGCCUCCUGUCUUCACCUGGAGUCACUCUGGAGACGUACGUUUCCAAUCUCAGCGGCUUGAAGAUGGCCAGUGGAAAGCGACGUCUACUCUGACCUUCCACCCGACCAGCGCUGAUCACAACAAGCCUUUGCAAUGCAAUGUUACAUACAGGGGAGGGCAGCACCACAACACAGCCAAGGUCCUCAAAGUGAAAUACGCCCCGGUGAACGUGGAGGUUGAGUACGAGUCAGAUGUAAAGGAGGGAGAAGCUGUGCGUCUGAAUUGCUCGAGCGAUGCUCACCCUCGUGCCAGCAUCUACGAGUGGCAUAAUGAAACUGGUGCUCGGCUGUAUCAGGGAAAUGUCUUCAUGCUGCCAAAUGUCUCCAGACACCACACAGGAGCCCUGUACUGUACUGCCAUUAACAUAGUAGGACGAGGCAAAUCAAGCCCUGUGCGGCUCAAUGUGUUAUAUGGCCCUGAGAUUAAGACCUCGUCCUCCUGCUCCUCAAACGCAAAUCUGGUAAAGUGUGUGUGCAUUGCAGAGUCCAGGCCUCCCAGCACGGUCCACUUUGUGCUUUCUGACAAAGUCCUGCCGAGCACCAAGGUAGAGAAACAUGGAGCUGUAACCAUCGGGACUCUGCAGGCAGAGUUGGGAUCUUAUGAGUCUGUCCUCUGUCUGGCUAACAACACGCAGGGCAAUGCCAACCUCACACUGUUUUUACCCAUUAACAGCAAAAUUCAGAGUCUUUAUAUUAUCAUCGCCAUUGGAGCAGGCGUGAUUUUGCUGAUACCUUUAAUAGCAGUGGGAGCUGUUAAAAAAUGUAGGGGAAGUUCUGGAGUUGCACCAACAUCUCACAUGAGCACCGUGAGGGCAGGCAAAGAUGUGGACCUCCCCCAGUAUGCCUCAACAACAAGAAAACAGAAGACCUAUGAUGAUGUACAUUGCCCUAGCGUUUAUGCCAAUGGUCCUGUAUACGGCAACAUGGAGACUGACUGGGAUGAUGGAAUAUACGCCAACAUGUAACACUGGAUUCACAGGAGGAACAGCAGUCCCUAUCGUCUAGCUGACGGGGGUCAAGAAGGUUGUAAAAAAUACUGAUAUGCUGUAUUCUGUAUGUAACAGCCACCCCAUGUAUUGGUAUGAUUUGAUGUGACUCUGAUAUGUGUAGUUAUACUUUGGGAGGGGCCUGGGUACGUUUUUUUUUUAAUAUAAUGGCGCUAUUACCUGUAUUUAUGAAUUACUGUAAAAAUAAAAUACAAAAUAAAAAAGAUGUAAAAAAAAGAAACAGAAAAAGCUCGUCUUAACCAAUAUGCCUCACAUGCAAAGCUAAUGACUGGUAUGCUAAAGGAUACUCCCGAUUAGCAACAGGUAUAUCGUUGUUCACUACACACAGUUCAUCAAAACAACACACACAGUCUUAUUUACCUCCUUGCAGGUCACAACAGUCCAAAACCUGAUAAUGACUGGUCGUCAAACAUUAAUUUACAGACGUUAUUGUUCUUGGCCAGAUGUUCACUCAACGUUGAUAGUUAGUUUCUAUCUACAGCCCAGGUACACGCAGCUUACCGCUAAGCCCCACCCACCCCUCUACCUGAGAAUGAAAAUGGGUGGGCUGUUACCAUUCAUGACGUUCAAUCACAAUAAAGAAAAGCAGGGCUAACACGAUAGGCUGCCAGCCAAGUAAGAUUGUCUUCUCUGAUUUCACGUGCCGGCUCAAAUACAUGUCAAACCAACUAUGCUCAUUUAUGUAACUACAGAAACUUUUUAACCGUACAGGUUACAACUUCAAUGUUUCCUUACAUUUUAUCCGUCCAUAUGAACUUUUUUAACCAUGUAUAUUUUUAACCCUAUUAUGAACAUGGCAUGCAAACUAUUAUUAUGUUUUAAUGUCUAAAUGGCUUUUAACCAGGGCUACAUGUAUAUAUUACAUAAGCAUUAUUAUUCUGUUUCCUGUAAUUCACAUAUAUGAAGAAUGUUGUUCAUGUUCAAAAUAACUAUACAAAUAAUGCACUUGUGUUUGCAGUUCGAUUUUGUCCGAUCAAUAUGUGUUUUGUAAAAAAAAUCACC